UUCUCUCAUUUCCUGUUGUGAGAGCGAGUCAGAAGUGACAGUUACUGAACUCAAAGUAGACAAAAGAGGAUAAAUUAGACAACGGGACUCUGGGUUGGUUGAAUCCAUUCAGUUCAGCCAUAAGAAGAUGGAGAUCCAAAAAACCCUUAGGACGAGGCGACCUCGGAGGGAGAGCUACGACCAAAAGCUGGAACAACGGGCAGCAAAGCACGAAGUCUUGAGGGAUCGUAACAACACCACAACAUGUCGCAGCCCAGGACACAAACUGGAGGCAGACUGGAAGAGUGAGAUGCAACAGAAAAGACAGAUGGAGUUUCAGAGAAGAAGAAACAUUUCCCAGACUGCAACUCCUCAGGUUGAUGAAAGAGAGUCAAACAAGGAGACCAAAGUCACCAUGAGGACCAACCGGCAGAGAGUGCCGCUGAUACACAGACAGUCCCUCAUCUCAGCAGAGGAGCUGGGGAUCACUUGGCCCAAUGUACACUCCAUCGAGAAGGCAACAUGGAUCACAUCACCAACAUUGCAUGGGACAGAAGAACAAAACAAAACAGUAAACAAACAGUGUGGCCUAGUGAAGUUAUCCAGUCAACUGGAACAGAGGAAUGCCUGCUGUCAGACAGAGUAUGGCUAUAUCACAGUGAAGGAGGCAGACCUUCUUCAACUGGCUGAGUAUCUGCAGGAAGCUCUUUGGCGAGAGGAUUCUCUGAAACAGAAACUAGCCGCGCUGCAGCGCACCACCUCUACCUUGCUGCUCUCACACGACAAUGUCUGGAAGAACUGUUACAAAGAGGACAAGAUGAAGGGGAAGAUUGGAGCACUGGAGUCACAGCUGAAGAUCUGUGUCCAGAAGCUGUCCAGGGAUGGAGCCAAGAUGCUACUGCUUCAGUCAGAGCAGCAGAGGCAAGAGUUGGAGGAGGUGGCCGUGGCCACGCUACAGAGGGUCACUGACCAGAAGACCAAGGCCCAGGACAGGGCUCACAGCCUGGAGAUGGCACUGCAGACUACCCAGGCAGAGUCUUCACAGUGGAGAGAGCGCUACGAGGAGGAGAGGAGAAAAUGCACUCAUCUGAGGACCUCUCGGGCGAAGAACAUUGACCAUAUAAACCUGUUACAAAGCCAGCUAGAGAGUGUGACUGGUCAGGAGGCAACACUGCAGAAGCAGCUAUUACAGCACCAACAGACCAAGGCUGAUCUCCACAUGAAGAUCAACAUCCUAGAAGGCAAACUCAGCAUCUACAGGUCACAACUAGAGACACAGAGACAGCAGGACACCAAAAAAGAGCAGGAGACGAUGAAAGGAGAUGAACAAGACUUCAUAGAACCUACCUUAAAUGAGCAGCUACACCCAGCCGCGUCACACAACAGCCAUGAACAGAGCGUAAUAGAAAACAACAGCCGUAAGAGAGAGAGACGCUGUUGUUCCUGUCCCAUCCUGUCUCUGUUCCUGGUCAUUUUGGUGGUGACCAUUUUGUUCUUGUUACUGGCCAAUAUUCCCACAAGGAACCAGCUGUGGGACCUUUACCAAGAACUACAGGACAGAACAGAGAAGUACCUUGAUGACAUGAAAUUAGCACAGCAUUGCUAUAGGCCUAUGUGACAAGACCUGGGAACUGGACAAACUGGUUUGGGGAAAUUUCUUUUUUUUAUCAUAUUUUGACAUUGUGAAGGACAGUAAAAUAGUCCUGUGAGUCAAUUUGUUUGGGGGCCAAAAUCGUAGAUGCUGAUUGGCUGAAAGCUGUGGUAUGAGACUGUAUACAAUAGGUCUGACAUUGCACACUUCCACUGUUUGCAUUGAUUACAGUGUUUGAAGAGCGCUACGGAAUCCCAACGCUGCGGGACACAAUGCCAACAUAGCACGACUAAGCGCUUUAUCCAAGCGUUGUGAUGCAUCUUCCCUUAGAACAGCUCUCAGCUGAUAGAUUAGCCAUAUAGCACACCCUUUUUGCCUUACGGUUUAAUGCUCACCAUGUAUUUAUGGUUAAUGCUUCAUGUUCCUGCUUAUGUUCGCCCUCUCAUAAUAAAAACAUGUAAUAAGUUU